AUUCUGGGUCGUGGGUGGCUCAGGGCAGGGUUUUGAGCUUGACUUUCUGAGUGCAGCCUUCUUUUUCCACCAGAGCAAUGCCAACCCACCGGCUGGUGAUCGUGAGGCACGGCGAGAGCACCUGGAACCAGGAGAACCGUUUCUGCGGCUGGUUUGACGCUGAGCUGAGUGACAAGGGGAAGGAGGAAGCCCAGCGGGGGGCCAAGGCAGUCAAGGAUGCGGGCUACGAGUUCGACAUCUGCUACACCUCGGUGCUGAAGAGGGCCAUCCGCACCCUCUGGUACAUCUUGGACGGCACCGACCAGAUGUGGCUGCCCGUGAUUCGCACCUGGCGCCUGAACGAGCGCCACUACGGGGGCCUGACGGGCCUCAACAAGGCCGAGACCGCAGCCAAACAUGGAGAAGAGCAGGUCAAGAUCUGGAGGCGCUCCUACGACAUCCCACCACCCCCCAUGGAUGAAAAACACGAUUACUAUCAAAUAAUCAGCAAGGCACGGCGCUAUGCUGGUUUGAAGGCUGGGGAUCUUCCUUCUUGUGAGAGCCUCAAGGACACCAUUGCCCGGGCCCUGCCCUUCUGGAACGAUGAGAUUGCGCCCCAGAUCAAAGCUGGCAAGAGGGUGCUUAUUGCAGCCCAUGGCAACAGCCUUCGGGGAAUUGUCAAGCACUUGGAAGGUAUGUCUGAUGCGGCGAUUAUGGAACUCAACCUCCCGACUGGGAUUCCCAUUGUGUAUGAGUUAGACGACAACCUGAAACCUACGAAGCCCAUGCAGUUCCUGGGUGAUGAAGAGACCGUGCGAAAGGCCAUGGAGGCUGUGGCAGCCCAGGGCAAAGUCAAAAAGUGAGAGGAAGCGAGAAGAGGCACUGGUGAAAUAAACAUUUGAAAACCCCA